AUGAAUGAAGAUCAGAGUUUGGAAUUGGACAGUCGAGAUCAUACUUCACAGAAUCAUUUCUGUAGUAUGUAUUUCUUCGUUAUCAGCGAAAAUGCGACGGAGCGCAGCCGCGAUGAUGUGGCAUGGCGUCAUCUCCAGAGCGGGAAGAAGCGUUUCAGUAUUCAAAAUCUGGUUCUCAUUGUAAUCGACAGUAUUGGUGCAGCAUUAGCAUUUACAGCUUGGGAAUACUUCGAAGGAGGCCGAAGAGUUCAGGAUGAAAUUAUUGCUAUGCUUCAUUAUAUAGCACGUCGUUAUGGUUGUGCCAUCGUAACAACCAAUCAUUUUGUUUAUUGGCGCGGUAAGCCAUCACCAUCGCUUGGUAAACGUUGGAUUAAAGCGGUUGAUUUCAGAUAUUUAUUAUGGAAAUUAUCAAAUUCCAAUUAUUAUAUGCAAAUGAUCAGUCCUCAGUGUCACAAG